CUGCCCAGCUUGAGCAGGAGAGGAUUAAAGGCUUAGUGGGGCUGGAAGCCUCACCCCGAUGCCUGCAUUUAGCUCCAGACAUUCUGUCUGCCAGCUGAGAAGCACGAACCAGGAAGGACGCAGCGGCGAGCAGAGCCACGGCCCCUUGGACGCUCAGGGGAGGACCCAGCCCUCCCUCCGGAGCCCCAUGACGAGACAAUGGAUCCUGCUGCUGUUCACCCUGCUGUGGGGACCCGCUGGCCCCAAGCACCCAUUCCAGCCAAGCCUGGUGCUGGACAUGGCCAGGGUACUCCUGGAUAACUACUGCUUCCCGGAAAACCUGGUGGGCAUGGAGCAAGCCAUCCAGCAGGCCAUGAGGAGUCGCGAGAUUCUGGGUGCCUCGGACCCCCAGAUGUUGGCCCAUGUGCUGACGGCCGGCCUGCAGAGCUCCCUGAACGACCCCCGGCUGCUCAUCUCCUACGAGCCCGGCACCCCGGGGGCUCCCCAGCCGGUGGCCGCAGCACUUGGCAACCUCACGCAGGACGCACUGCUCGCCAGGCUGCAGAAGGACAUCCACUCUGAGGUUCUGGAAGGCAACGUGGGCUACCUGCGCGUGGACGACAUCCCAGGCCAGGAGGUGAUGAGCCAGCUCGGGGGCGUCCUAGGGGCCGGGGCCUGGAGGGAGCUGACCGAGACGUCGGCCUUGGUGCUGGAUCUCCGGCACUGCACCGGGGGCCACGUCUCGGGCAUCCCCUACAUCGUCUCUUACCUGCACCCUGGAAACUCGGUCCUGCAUGUGGACACCAUCUACGACCGCCCCUCCAACACGACCACUGAGAUCUGGACCUUGCCGCAGACCCCCCGAGAGAGGUACGGCGCCGAGAAGGACAUGGUGGUCCUGACCAGCAGCCGCACGGGGGGCGUAGCUGAGGAUGUCGCCUACAUCCUCAAGCGGAUGCGCAGGGCCAUCGUGGUGGGCGAGCGGAGUGGGGGGGCCCUGGAGCUCCAGAAGCUGCGGGUGGGCCAAUCCAACUUCUUUCUCACCCUGCCUGUGUCCAGGUCCCUGGGGCCCCUGGGCGGGGGCAGCCAGACGUGGGAGGACAGCUGGGUGCUGCCCUGCGUGGGGACGCCGGCUGAGCAGGCCCUGGGGAAGGCCCUGGCUAUCCUGGCGCUGCGCCGGGCCCUGCCGGCAGUCAUCCGGGGCCUGGGGGACGCCCUGCAGAAGUACUACACCCUGGUGGACCGCGUGCCGGCCCUGCUGCACCACCUGGCCACUGCGGACUUCUCCGCCGUGGUCUCCGAGGAGGAACUGGUCACCAAGCUCAACGCUGGCCUGCAAGCCGUGUCUGAGGACCCCCGGCUCCUGGUGCGGGCAGGAGAAACUGCGCCCGGGACUGAGGCCAGUGCUGACGAGCCCCCAGGGGUGGCCCUGGCAGUGCCCAAGGAUGAGGCUGCCCGACGGGCCCUGGUGGACUCCGUGUUCCAGGUGUCGGUGCUGCCCGGCAACGUGGGUUACCUGCGCUUUGACCAGUUCGCCGACGCCUCGGUGCUGGAGACUCUGGGCCCGUACGUCCUGCGCCAGGUGUGGGAGCCCCUGCAGGACACGGAGCACCUCAUCUUGGACCUGAGGUCCAAUCCCGGGGGGCCGUCGUCCGCCGUGCCUCUGCUGCUCUCCUACUUCCAAGACCCUGAUGCCAGCCCCAUGCACCUCUUUGCCACCUACGACCGCCGCACCAACCACACCCAGGAGCACUUCAGCCGCGCGGAGCUGCGGGGCCAGCGCUACAGCAGCCGGCGCAGCGUGUACCUGCUCACCAGCCACCGCACGGCCACGGCGGCCGAGGAGUUCGCCUUCCUGAUGCAGUCGCUGGGCUGGGCCACGCUGGUGGGCGAGAUCACGGCGGGCAACCUGCUGCACAGCCGCACGGUGCCCCUGCUGGAGGGCCCCAGGGCCGGCCUCGCCCUCACCGUGCCGGUGCUCACCAUCACCGACAACCACGGCGAGUGCUGGCUGGGGGGCGGCGUGGUGCCCGACGCCAUCGUGCUGGCCGACGAGGCCCUGGAGCGUGCCCGGGAGGUGCUGGAGUUCCACCGGAGCCUGCCAGCCUGGGUGGAGGGCACGGGGCAGCUGCUGGAGGCCCACUACGCCCGCCCAGAGGCCAUCGGGCAGACCAGGGCACUGCUCCGGGCCAAGAUGGCACAGGGGGCCUACUGCACGGCCGUGGACCUCGAGUCGCUGGCCUCGCAGCUCACGGCCGACCUGCAGGAGGUGUCCGGGGACCACCGGCUGCUGGUGUUUCGCAGCCCCGGCGAGCCGGUGGCCGAGGAGGUGCCCCUGCCGCCCCCCGCCGUCCCCUCUCCCGAGGAGAUAACCUAUCUCAUCGAGGCCCUGUUCAAGACGGAGGUGCUGCCUGGGCGGCUGGGCUACCUGCGCUUCGACGCCAUGGCCGAGCUGGAGACGGUGAAGGCCCUGGGGCCGCAGCUAGUGCAGAUGGUGUGGCACCAGCUGGCGGACACGGCCUCGCUGGUCAUUGACCUGCGCCACAACCCCGGCAGCUACUCGUCUGCGGUGCCACUGCUCUGCUCCUACUUCUUCCCGGCCGAGCCCCGCCAGCACCUCUACUCUGUCUUCGACCGGGCCACCUCGAGGGUCACAGAGAUGUGGACCCUGCCCCAGCUCGCCGGCCCACGCUACAGCCCCCGCAAGGACCUCUACAUCCUGGUGGGCCACGGCAGCGGGGCAGCGGCCGAGACCUUUGCCCAUGCCAUGCAGGACCUGCAGCGGGCCACUGUCAUCGGGGAGCCCACAGCCAGGGGGGCCCUCUCGGUGGGCAUCUACCAGGUGGGCCGCAGCCCCCUCUACGUCUCCAUGCCCACCCAGACGGCCCUGAGCGCCAUCACGGGAGAAGCCUGGGGUCUGGUGGGAGUGGAGCCCGACAUCAUCGUGCCCAUGGGUGAGGCCCUGGCCACGGCCCAGGACGUCGUGGCCCUGCGUGCCAAGGUGCCCACGGUGCUGCAGACAGCCGGGAAGCUGGUGGCCGAUAACUAUGCCUCCCCCGAGCUGGGGGCCGAGGUGGCGGCCAAGCUGAGCUGCCGGCAGAGCCGCUAUGCCAGGGUGACCUCCGAGGGGGCCCUGGCUGAGAUGCUGGGCGCUGACCUGCAGGUGCUCUCUGGCGACCCCCACCUGAAGACAGCACACAUCCCCGAGGAUGCCAAGGACCGCAUUCCGGGGAUUGUGCCCAUGCAGAUACCUGCCCCCGAAGUCUUCAAGGACCUGAUCAAGUUCUCCUUUCGCACGAACGUGUUCGAGGACAACAUUGGCUACUUGAGGUUUGACAUGUUUGCAGACUGCGAGCUGCUCACCCAGGUCUCCGAGCUGCUGGUGGAGCACGUCUAGAAGAAGAUUGUGCUCACGGAUGCCAUGGUCAUCAACAUGCGGUUCAACCUUGGAGGCCCCACCUCCUCCAUCCCCGCCCUGUGCUCCUACUUCUUUGACGAGGGCCCUCCAAUUCUGCUGGACAAAAUCUACAACCGGCCCAAUGACUCUGUCAAUGAAAUCUGGACCCAAACCCAGCUGGCAGGUGAACGCUACGGCUCCAGGAAGCCCGUGAUCAUUCUGACCAGCAGCGCGACGGCCGGCGCCGCCGAGGAGUUCACGUACAUCAUGAAGGGGCUGGGCAGGGCGCAGGUCUUCGGGGAGGCGACCAGCGGGGGCUGCCAGCCGCCCCAGACCUACCACGUGGACGACACGCACCUGUACAUCACCAUCCCCUCGGCGCGCUCCGUGGGCGCCGCAGACGGCAGCUCCUGGGAGGGGGUGGGCGUGGCGCCCCACGUGGCGGUGCCCGCGGACGCGGCCCUGGCGCGGGCCAAGGAGACGCUGCAGCGCACCCUGCGGAGGGCGAGGCGGAGCCCGGGCCUGCGCAGCCACAGGGUGGGGCUCCCAGGGCCGAGCCCCGGAGCCGGCCACGAGGGGUCCUCCUGCGCGGGCUCCUGCCCUGCACCCCUGAGGGGCAGCGAGGGGGGCCCGGGGCUCCUCUGGGGCUUGGAGUUGGAGGCAUCCUUGGAGCUCAUCCAUCCAGCCUCAUCACCAGUGCAGCAAGCUCCCUAG